AAAGAACAGUUUUGCGUCUGUAUUUGUCAUCAUUUUGAUUUGGGGACGGAGAAUAGGUUUUUAUUGAAACAUGGAUGUCUUAAAGCAAUUGAUAUAUGUAUGUUUGCUCGUGAUAAUAUCACUUAUUUUGGAUGUAAAUAGUAAGGAGGUGUGCCACACUACAGACCUGUAUGAAUAUUACUGUGACAGCGGAUACUACUUCUGCGAAGACAACACUAUGUGCUGCCGUGGUUACAGUGGAUCAAGUGGAUCGAGUGGAUCAAGUGGAUCAGCCGGUGCAAUUGCCGGCAUAGUGGUUGGAAGUAUCUUUGGCGUGAUCUUUUGUAUAAGAGGUAUAUGUGCUUGUUUAUCGAAAAUGCAGCGUCCUGGACGAAUCACCCACGACGAACCAGUACAACAACCGGGGGUAGCUGUUAUUUCCGACGGAAACUAGCACAGCCAGCCAAACAAUGGCCAACAGUACUGUUUCCAGCAGUCAGCUAACGGUAAUGAUGUAGGAACCAGCAAUGCAGCAAUUCCACCGCCAACCUUACUACAGUCAUAAUUGUUUUGAACAAUUAACCGUCGCACUGGCAACAGCGUUAUCAUAGAAACAUUUAGAUGCGAUAAUCAAACACAUACCCGCCCAGUCAUUAUUGUACGACGAAUUUGUGAUACCAUUUAUUUAUAAUAUUGUUAAAGUUUUAAGUGAAAAUACCACAUUUUUAUCAGAUUAUUCACAUUACUUACAUAAGUUUCUUUCAAUAUCUUUUUUUUCAUAAAAAGUGAAAAUAAUUGUUUUUGCUUUUUGAUUGUAUUUCUGCACUAAUUCACCCUGCUGAAACGUAUUCCUACAGGACAGGUGUAUUUCGUCAUUAAUAAUUAACAUGUGCGUUUAUUUCAAGACUCUUUGCCACAUUCCUGAUGUAUCUAAAUUAGUAAAUCUAAACGUUUGAAAACAGAGAAAAAAUAGAGAAUAUUAUAUUACUGUCUUUAUAAAUUUAAAUUUAGUAGACAAAUCGAAGAAAAAUACAAGUACUGGUAAUAAGUUGAUAUUCUGCUGAAACUGAUUUAAAUUUAUAAAGACAGUAACCUAGUGUUGUAUUUAUCCUGUCUUCUGAUUUAAGGUAUUGGGCCCCUAAUAGUAAUGUUUAAAAAAUGGCAUUUGCUUGGUAUAUUCUUAAAGCUGACCAUGUUUCACACUGUGUUGCAAAUUUUAAACAACUUUUACCGUGCCGUUUUUUGUAAAUUUUGUGUAAUUUAUGGUAUUUCCUCACGCUAAAGAAGAGACACAAUUCAGUGUGAUGGCCACUAUCUAAAACGUCUGCAGAGAAUUCAUUACAGCAUUUAUUUUGAUAAAAGAAACAUCAAGCUAUUGUUAAACAAUUAUAAAACACAAAAUAAAACUUUAAAAAUCAUUUUUUCCAGGGUGCCUCAAGUAAGCAGAUUUAAUGAGACAGAAUUCUAACUCCAACAUUGAAAAAUUAAGAUCAAAUCCUGUGGGUCUGUUUUGAAUUUUGUUCACUUCAUUCAAAAAUAAAUUUGGGGCAAUAGUAAAACCUACCUGCAUUUCUUCCACAAUAUGUAAUCUAAAGAAUGAAGGCAAAAUAGAGAACUUCUACCGCACGUAACUCAGUAUUUUUAAAGAUGUCUAACUCUACCCCUCCUGAUUCAGAGGUAAAUUCACAUUGAACAGCAAAAAAUCGAUUGUAAAAUGAAAAGUUUCCACUUUUGUACAAUAUAUCCAUUACUAGUCUUGAAAGAAGUAAAAACUUACGAGAAAAAAGGAAAACAUGGAGAAAAAAAUUUGGUCCUAGUGGGGUUUGAACCUACGCCCUCCUGAAAACUGCAGUCAAAGUAGGUUUAUGGUAGGAAUUGAAUACUCUUCAAAAAGGAAAUACUCUAUUACGGGUCCAAUACCUUAAAUUAAAAUUACUCUCCAGCUAGACAUGUGUCUGUCUUAGCUUUGCCCCAUGUGGUUCUGGGACGAUCUAUGUAUGAAAAGAAUUGGAACCACUGCCUUACCCUUGCAUGAUCGUAAGAGGCGACUAAUAGGGUCUUAACACUUGGUUUUGCAGUAACGCUGUGAUUCCAGCAGGUAUGCAAAUUUUGAUUCCAUAUCUCAUGUUUUUAUUUCGAUGUAAAUGAGAUGUGGAACCAAAAUUUGUAGUCCUGUUUGGCGCCGUAUAACCUAUACUGUGUUGGUGCACCGUAAAACCCAAAUAAAUAAAUAAAUAAAUAGCUUAAAAAUUAAAACUCAAAGAUACAUUGUCCUUGCACAGGCUAACAUGUAUUUGGUUAUUUGAA